CAUGCUCUUUUCUGCACAUCUCUUUGUUAGUCUUUUUUUUACCUCUGCGGGUUGUAAGUUUUUUAUGUAAAUAAAAAAAAACUUACUUACUUCUUCAGCUACCUUCAGCUGUCCAGUCCACCGACGAUGCCUCAACAGGACUCCAUGGCUCUUACUGGGAAUCUCUGUGCCCCGGGUGCCUCAAACUCCGGAUACAACACUAACCCAGUGAUCACACAAACAGACAACAGGGACCGAUGGAGCAAAAAGAUGGAUUUCCUUUUAUCCGUCAUUGGCUUCGCUGUAGAUCUGGGAAAUGUCUGGAGAUUUCCAUACAUAUGUUAUCAAAAUGGUGGUGGUGCGUUUCUCAUCCCUUACAUCCUCAUGGCCAUCUUUGGAGGAGUGCCUCUCUUCUACAUGGAGUUGGCACUGGGACAGUUCCACAGGACAGGGGCCAUCUCCAUAUGGAAACACAUCUGCCCCAUUUUUAAAGGGAUAGGGUUUGCAAUCUGCAUCAUCGCCCUGUACGUCUCGUUCUACUACAACACCAUCAUUGCCUGGGCCCUCUUCUAUUUUUACUCGUCCUUCACCAGCACGCUGCCCUGGACCAGCUGCAACAACCCCUGGAACACAGAGAACUGCACCAACUACUUCGCGGGCAGCGUCAACUGGACCAACUACUCCCGCUCGCCCGCUGAGGAGUUCUACACGAGGAACGUACUGGAGAUCCAGGACGCCGAUGGGCUCCGCAACGUAGGGGGAAUUCGCUGGCAGCUCACACUCUGCCUCUUCCUCAUCUUCACCAUCGUCUACUUCAGCCUCUGGAAGGGUGUGAAGACCUCAGGGAAGGUGGUGUGGGUGACCGCAACUCUGCCCUACGUGGUGCUCCUGAUCCUGCUGGUCCGUGGGGCCACACUCCCGGGGGCCUGGAGGGGGGUCAAGUUCUACCUGCAGCCCAAGUGGGAGAAACUCCUGGAGACCAGCGUGUGGGUAGACGCCGCCACGCAGAUCUUCUUCUCAUUGGGGCCUGGCUUCGGUGUCCUUCUUGCACUCUCCAGCUACAAUUCCUUCACCAACAACUGCUACAGGGAUGCCAUAGUAACCAGUUUGGUGAACUGUUUUACCAGUAUCAUCUCUGGCUUUGUCAUCUUCACCGUGCUGGGGUAUAUGGCACAGAGACGUGGAUGCAAUGUGGAAGAUGUUGCAAAAGAUACAGGACCGAGUUUGCUCUUCAUCACUUACCCAGAAGCCAUUGCAAAUAUGGAGGGCCAAACUUUUUUUGCCAUUUUCUUUUUCAUGAUGAUGAUCACACUGGGACUGGACAGUACGUUCGGGGGGCUGGAGGCCAUCAUCACGGCCGUCAUGGAUGAGUACCCAGACUAUCUGUCCCAGCGACGGGAGCUGUUCGUCCUUGUCCUUGUCGUGGUGUGCUUCACGGGCUCUCUCAGCACCCUUACUCAUGGGGGUGCUUAUGUUGUGAAAUUGCUGGAGGAGUUUGGGGUUGGCUGCUCCAUCAUUGCAGUUGGUUUCCUGGAGGCCAUUGCUGUUUCCUGGUUCUAUGGUAUCCAGAGGUUCAGUAAUGACAUCAAGUCCAUGUUGGGUUACAGCCCUGGGUUGUUUUGGAAGGUCUGCUGGGUAGCCAUCAGCCCUGCCUUUCUGGCUUAUAUUAUAGUGAGUUCACUACUCAACCCUCAGCCCCUUACCCUCUUUGACUACAAGUACCCUGGCUGGACCAUCUCUGUGGGAUAUAUGAUUGGCGCCUCUUCCUUUAUGUGGAUUCCCAUUUACAUUGUUUACAAGCUGGCUUGGACUCCUGGAUCUCUGAAGCAGCGCCUUGCAAUAUGUUUGAAUCCAGAACAGACAUUACCUGAUCUCCACGCAGAUGCCCUUGGCAUGGCCCCUGUCCCAUAGUACCGUCCAG